AUGUCAAACAAUAACUUUGAACCUUCCGAUACAUUCGUACCUCGUAUUCUCUUCAAGACCUUAUUCGCCUCCGUGUAUAAGAAUUUUACAUGUAACAAACAAUUAAUGAUGGCCGAGUCUGUUAGAAUUAACGAACCUCAAAAUACCUUCAAACAUACUGUACUUGUUUCCCUCUAUAAUACAUGUAUGAGUAAUUUUGUAAAUAGAGAAUUUGAUUCACCAAUAGAAACCUCCAAAACACCAAAUGCUAAUAAGAAAAAUAUUUUGGAUUUGGAUUUAGUUCAACUUGAUAAGGUUUCGGAAGAAACAGUUAAAAUGUGGGACAUUAACUCAGGUAAAUGUUUCCAAGAAUUCCAAACCAACUCUAGAGUUUUAUCCCUCACCAACUCACCUGCUUCAGAUUUGAUUGUGUACGGAUUGGAAGAUGGAGGAUUAGAUUUGGUCACUUACAAGACACAAUCUAAUUCUCACAAUGUUAUUAAGCAUUCUGAUUGUGUUCUUACCACUAAAUUCUCUCCUAAAGGAAAUUACAUUAUUUCAGGAGCAAAGGGAGGCAUGCUUACCAUCUCUGGAGUUGAUGCAUGCUUUAGACAGCUUGCCUCAGAACUAUUGAGCAACUCUGUUCUGUCUUGUGAUGUUGUGAGUAGCACUGAUGGAGACUACAUCUCAGUUGGUACUUGGGAUAACAAGAUAUCAUUGUAUAAAUUAGUAGGUGUAUAA